AACCCAAAAAAUCCAAAUUCCCCCCUUCUUUUACAACAUCGUCUUAAAGCCCAGUGGGCGAGAAAGCGGAUUUUUCAAACUGUCAUUUGGGCCUAACAGUCCAAUUCAACUACCAACACUUGUCCUCUGUGAACUUCUGCCGCUAUCGGAUCAAACGCCAAACCCUAACCUAGAAAAAGAGAAGAUCUUUCAUCAGUAAUCGCGAUUACUUUCGCCAUGUCCCCCACUCCCAACUUUUCAACCGAAGAAAUGGAAGUAAACAUUUAAAUCAAGUAGAAUCAAAACACAAAUUACGACUACCGUUGCAAACUUUCCACCCGGCGGAGCAAUUGCGCGAAUGGAGGACGGCGCUGGCGGCGACCGCAAGAGCAACGGCAAACUGAGAGAUGAAGAACCGGACGGCAUGUCCGUACACUCUCCCUGCAAAGCUCCUCCUUCUUCCGCUUCCUCUCUCCCUAAGGAGCAAUCGCAGGUCGAAUUGGAGCUAAGGCUGCUGGAAGCUCUCGCGAUUUAUCCUCCCGUCAAACUCCGAGGAAUGCACCGGCAUUUUGUGCUGUAUGGUCUGAUGGAAUUUCUUCGGAGAAGCUUUGAUCGAUAUUUCUCUCCGGAUGAGGUCAUGCAACUGCUGGAACGAUUCUAUAACAUAGAAAUGCUGAAACCGGACGAUGAGGAGGCGGAGAUGCUUAGCCAGGAAGAAGAUUUCAGCUUGCCACAGAGCUAUUUUGUGAAGGAAGAGUGAUGAAACUAGUUGGCUUUUGCUACAUUAAUUAGUGCAGACGGGAUGAAUUGAAUCGUGUACUUGCAAAUCCUCUUCUUCUUUUUGGAUUUUGCUUGGCAAUACCGCCCUUCCAAAAUGUACCUAUCAAAUAGCCUGUAAAUAACUAAAUAUAAUUAGCCCGCUAAAAGGAGCUUUGGUUCGCCUAUCAAAUAGCCUGUAAACAGUGAAACUUCACUUGGUUAAUAGAAUGAGGAAAAAAUC